AUGUCAAUUCAUUCUCGUGAUUAUGAUGAUGAGGAUGAUGAUGAGGAAAUGGAAUUAACUCUCAUUAAGUCUCGCUCGGAAGCGUCCAGUCCAUGGGGUCAUAGUAUUUUGAAAUCUUCAGAUGUACAUCAUCACGGUAAUGAUGAUGAUGAUGAUGAUGACGAUGAUGAAGAGGAGGAUGAUGAUGAUGAGAACGAUGACGACGAAUCAGAAGACAGUGAUGCCGAAUUCGCUGUUCAUCCAAUUCUGAGAAGUCUCAUCAAAAGUAAAUCGGCUUAUACUGUGCCGAUUUGUCAUAAAUCCAACAUGAAGGCUAGCAAGACGACAUUUGAGUUGAAUUUAUCGAAGAUGUGGGCGUCAACGAAUGAGAGCAUCCUAAACCAGAGAGAAGCUCCCGUUGUCAAUUGUGCCGCUAGUCGACUGGAUGAGAAAUGGCCGGAACCUGAAGAUAUCUCAAUGGAAGUCAAAGAAAGACCUCCUGAAACAUUCAAAUCAUCUGGUUGUUGGUCAUCUCCUCCGAAUUUUGUUAUGGAUGAUUCGAAUUCAGUAGCUUCAUAUGAUUCAAUUAAUGAAGAUCGCUUAAGUAGUUGGUCUGCUCCAGAGCAUGGACAUAAUGAUAAUUCCGAUUUCGAGGAUGAUGAUGAUGAUGAUGAGGAUGAUGAUGAUGAUGGGGUAGAGAAGGAAGAAGAAGAACAUGAUGAUGAUGUAGAUGCUGGAAAGAAGGAGGAAAAUGAAGAAAUAGAAAGAAAUAGGAAAAACGAUGAGGUUGAAGUAGAUGAGCAAGAGAAGACACCAGUUGUUGUGCAAGUUGUUGAAGAAAGUUCCAUUUAUGAACAAGAUGAGAACUUAGAUCCUCUUCAACCUCAUCUCCUUUUCUCUACCAGUUACCCCAUCAUUGAUACUCCAGAGCCGGUGUCUUCACUUUGUUCUAUUCGUUUGCCGUCCAGCUCAGGCUCAGUUCCGUCCCCAUCGCCACCACGACCACUCUCACCCGUUCUUGGCAAACCAGGUACAAGGAUGACAACUUCGCGUUCACUUCAAUUGCGACCAAGACCGCACCUGGAAGAACUCUUGUAUAACAACUUGUCAGCCACUUCCGACGAAGAUAUGGAUGAGGAUGAGGAUAUGGAUGAGGAAGAAGAAGAAGACACUUGUUGGCCUCAAAAAGAUCCUUGGCCUGAACAAGAGGUUUGGCCAGAAGACCGAGUAUUCGCUCAUUCAUUUCGAAAUAGUUGGGUCGAUAACGAUAUGCCGCGAUCGGUUUCUGUUCAAUUUCGACCAGUUCGUCGUUCAACUCCUCUGCCGAACUCAUUGUCUGCUCAUUCUCAAAUCCAAAAUGUCUUCGAACCUUCCUUUAUGCGUCAAACAACUGACAAGAUGAUCAAAAACAAUUCUUCAUCAACCAACAGCUCAAUUCAUAUGUUAAGCGAAUCAGAGAGAUGUGAGUUGGAUCGUCGUUCAGCAUGGCUGGAACGAGGAAGCUUAGUUCAGUUAUCUGCAACUGGUGAUUGCUCAUCUCAUUCAAUACGACGAAGUUGCACAACAGAUGAAUUUAAACGACCACGUCGUCGUCUGCCUCGUCGUCCAGAUGAUGUUGGAGGAGAUAUGCCAUACUCAAUGUCUAUGUACGACAAAUGUUUAUAUGAAGAGCGUUAUGGAGGCAGUCAAUCACUACGUUCUUCAAUUCAACAUCUAAAUAAGGAUUCAGAAUCUGUUAUUCUAUCUACGAAUCAAAUGGUUACGAAGCCUCGACCUCCAUCUACUCUAUCUAUUGGAGAGCCUGGUCCAGCUUAUUAUCCAGGACAAACACCCACAUCUCCGUCAUAUCAAUAUGCCAGCAAACAAAACUCGGCUCGACAAACAUAUCAGGAAAUUGCUACUCCAAUGUCUCCACCAAAACACUUACUUCCAUCACCACAUUCGACUGGACGACGUUUGCCAGCACUACCUUUGGAUCAACCGUACUUCAGUCGAUUUGGAGCCAUGAGCGUUCCUCAAGCAGCAGCAGCAGCCGCAGCUGUAGUCAAGAAUGACCACACAUUAUGCUUUAUUGAUGGAAUGACAGAUUCAGUCUUAGCACGUAGUACAUUUGAAGAUUCCUAUUAUGAGGAUGAUAGCAUCAAUGGAAAUUCAUCUAUCUAUCGUCGACAACGUAAAUCUUUCUUCUCUCCGGAUGAUUCAUCAGGUGUUUCCUCCUGCACGACAUCUGACAGCAUAAAUCCAACUCAUAGGGUUCAAUCGUCUUUCAUUCCAAGACAUCACGAUGAGCUUUUACUAGAUAUUGGUGAUGCUGUGCAUGUGGAGCGAACGUGUGAAGAUCAUUGGUGUUAUGGAACCAAUCUUCGAACCAAUCAAUCGGGCAUCUUUCCAUCGGCUGUCGUCUGUGAAAUUGAUUUAGUCGAAGAAAUUUGUUUAGGAGCUUUGCCAACUAAUACCAACAAAGUUUUAAACUCUGAUCGUGAUACAUUCUAUCUGACCAUGCUAGCUUCUAUAGAAGUAGCUCAUCACAAAGGAAAUGACGUUCUGACGCAAGCGAUGAACAAAGUUCUCUCGUUGUACAAAAACCGCGAAGAAGUCAUUGUGCCACAGACGGUGUUAAUGGAAAUUUCAUUUCGAGGCAUCCAUGUCAUUGACAAACGAAAGAAGAAUUUCUUCCAAUGUCCAACAUUCGACUUCUUCUACAGCCUUCAGAACAUCAGCUUCUGUGGAGCACAUCCGAAGCAGUUAAAAUAUUUUGGUUUUAUUACGAAACAUCCAUUACUUCCUCGUUUUGCUUGCCAUGUCUUCAUGUCUAAUAUCUCAACUCAACCUAUUGUUGAGUCAAUUGGACGAGCCUUUAAACGUUCCUACGACGAGUACAUGGCAUUUGCCCAUCCAACAGAAGAUAUUUAUUUGGAAUAA